AUGGCGCGAGCGAACUCCCGAGUUCCCAUGGCCAAGUUCGACACGCACCAGGUCCAAGCCCGAGUCGAUUCCACCUUAGCUGCGAAGGCCCGAAUGGUCGCCAAGCAGCAGUGGUCCACUCCAUUCCAUCUAUAUCUGGCUGCCUUCAAAGCCCUUCUCUUUUGCUUUACAGACGCAGAUGAAUUGACCAUUGGAGUUGCCGACGGGGCCCGUCAUGACAGCGCCUUGAUGGGAAGUAUAGGGUUCUUCUUCAACUUGCUGACGCUGCGAUUCCGCCGUCAAGCCAGCCAGCCAUUCACCGAGGCCAUCGCGGAGGCGCGCAAGAUUAGCCAUGCCGCGCUGGAGAACUCGCGGGUGCCCUUUGAUGUCCUGCUGUCAGAGCUGAAUGUUGCACGCUCUUCAACACAUAGCCCAUUUUUCCAGGCCUUUAUCGACUACCGCCAAGGCCACCAGGAGGAACAGACUUGGGGCAACUGUCAAAUGCGCAUGUCAGAAGAGGUACAUACAGGGAAGACGGCGUAUGAUAUAACCGUCGACGUUACCGGAACGGAUGCCGCGGCUUUCAUCUUUUUCCGCGGGCAAAAGAGCAUCUAUGACCAAGCAGUGACCCAGCUGCUUUGUGAUACCUAUGUCCACUUCCUUGAGGCUCUCACUAGCGAGCCCUCCCUAGUGAUGAGUGCGAUUCCCCUGUUCAGUGAGAAGCAGCUGGCAGAAGUCGUCCAAGUUGGCCGCGGCCCGAAGCUCGUUUCCGACUGGCCAGAGACGCUACCCCUUCGCAUCAACCAGAUCGCUCGGGAGAAUCCAGACAAGGUUGCCCUUAUGGACGGCACAGGUAAGUCACUGACUUAUACGUCAAUGAUCAACCGCAUUCACGCCAUCGCCGAGACGUUGCAAGAGGCGGGGGUCGCACCAGGACUACGCGUACUUGUGUUCCAACAGGCAACUUCUGACUGGCCCUGUUCGAUGCUUGCCAUUAUGCGGCUGGGCACGAUAUACGUUCCGCUUGAUCUUCGCAAUCCCCUGCCGCGUUUGGCAGCCGUUGCCCAGGAUUGUGAGCCUACGGCGAUCCUAGCAGAUGCCUCCACGCUACAUGAUGCGUCUCAGCUCGGUGUACCCUCGGCACGUCUCAUUGAUGCAUCUCUCGUAAAGUCUCAUCCUUCAAAAGAAGUUACCAACGACUCACGAGCACACUCAACCGCCGCAAUCUUGUAUACGAGCGGGUCCACGGGAACGCCCAAAGGCAUCAUGGUCACACACGAGGGCCGUAGGAAUGAAAUCGAAGGCCGUACAAAGACCUGGAAGCUGGGACCCGAGCGUGUGCUCCAGCAGAGUGCCUUUACCUUUAACCGCCUCGUUAACGGCGGCAUGGUAUAUGUCGUUCCUUGGGACAAACGUGGCAACACACUGGAGAUCACUAAAGGUAUCCAAGAGCAGGGCAUCACGUAUACCAAGGCUACCCCGUCCGAGUAUUCACUAUGGAUGCUAUAUGGCCGUGAAAGCCUCCGCCUCGCCAUUUCUUGGCGCUUUGCUUUCGGAGGCGCAGAAUCGCUCACAACGGCCGUCACGCAGCAAUUCGCGGACCUCGACCUUCCACAGCUCCACUUCUUCAACUCAUACGGCCCCACGGAGAUUCCUAUAUUUUCCACCAAAAUGGAGAUUCCGUACCGGGAUAGGAGGAUCUGGCAAACGGCUGGACACGCAUGUACCUCACAGGAGACAUUGGCCAUCAACCAGGAUGGCACGAUGGUCUUCCACAGUGGUAUGGCGGGUGACACGCAGGUCAAGAUCCGUGGACUACGCAUCAAGCUCAGCGACAUCGAAAGCAAUAUCGUUACGGCUUCCCGGGGGGCUCUGCAAGAAGCUGUGGUUACGCUGCAGUGCACCAUUGAGGACAAGGAAACAUUUCUCCAACAGCUGCUGCACAACCUCCCAGUCCCGCAAUAUAUGAUACCCGUCGUGGCUAUUCCUAUAGACGAGUUACCUCUGACUAAUCACUCCAAGGUAGACCGCAAGGCUGUCAAAAGCUUACCUCUGCCCCAGAGAGUUGGCCGGCCCGACGCGAGUGACGAUGCAGAACUGACAGAGACCAUGAUUCAGCUCAAGGACCUGUGGCGGGGUGUUUUAGGAAAAGCCAUCGAUCAACUUGGUUUUGAUAUUACUCCGUCCACCAGUUUCUUCCUGGUCGGUGGCAACUCGCUCUUAAUCAUUCACCGGCAAUCUGAGAUCCGGAAAAGGUUCCGUGCCGCUGUGCCCCUGGUCGAGCUUCUCGAUGCCAAUACUCUAGGUGAAAUGGCACAAAAGGUCGAGGAAACCAUCUCCGUUAAAACUAUUGACUGGGAGUACGACACCAGGCCCCCUACUGUCUCUGUCUCUGCCCCUGCCAUUGCCAUUGCCCCCGUGCCCGACGACCGAGCCAGAAAAGGAGCAACAAUCGUGAUUACGGGCGCCACCGGGUUCCUCUCCGAGCACCUGCUUCCCAUGCUCGACGCGAGGCCGGACGUCAAUGUGAUCCACUGUUUGGCCGUGCGAGAUAUUGAAAGGGCGUACUCGUCACCCACGGUCGUCCACCACCCCGGAGACUUGUCAUCACCAUUGCUGGGUCUCUCCAAAGAGGAAUUCAACGAGCUUUCGAGCACGGCCGAUGCCAUACUGCACAUGGGCGCCGCUCGCUCCUUCUGGGACAGCUACCACGUGCUACGCUCUAUCAACGUCGCCCCGACGAGCGACUUGGUCAAGCUGGCCGCGCCUCGCCGCGUGCCGAUUCAUUAUAUUUCCACGGUAAGCCUCUUUGGUGGGGCUACCGCGGCACUUGAUGGAAGAGCAGUAUCGGCUGCGGUACACCCGCCUCCCACAGACGGAAGCAGUGGUUACGCAGCAACUAGCUGGGCCAGUGAGCGCAUCUUGGGGCGUUCUGCGGCAGAUUUUGGUGUCCCAUCAUCCAUCUACCGCCUCUGCCCCGCAACUUUGCGACAGGAUGCCCCCCAAGCCCUUCUAGAUGAGAUCACCCACUAUGGUAACAUCAUACACGCAACACCCGACUUGAGCGGGUGGUCUGGUCGUCUAGAUAUGCUCCCCGCGGUGCUGACAGCACAAUGGCUCUGCGAGGCCUUGCUCAAUAAUGAAAAAAGGUCCGGUACUGUUGAGUUCCGCAAUUAUGAGAGCCUUCUCACCGUGACGGGCGCAGAGCUUGCUGCAUGCUUUGAUCAGGAGCAGAGCGGCAACGGCAAUGUCGAGAAAAUACCGCUACUAAAGUGGACAGCAAUUGAGAAAGAACUAAGUGGAAACGGCACAAAAUUGGAAAUGCGCAGAUGA